AUGAAAGUUGCGCUCCGGAUUGUGUUGUCAUGGGAGGUUAAUCCAGGCGAUGAUCUGGGUUAUUCCUUUGAAAGUAUCCCGCCUUUGGUAGAGGUGAUGCACCCAAGCAGAGAACAGCAGUCUUCAGUCGCAGACGAGCCGUGUGAGAAGCAGCGCAGGCGUGCCAGUAAGCGGGCUGAAGUGAAGUGUCCAAUCACAACAAGGUCAGCAUACCGUCCAAUCACUGCUCUGUGA